UCGCCAAUCAAAAGAACCAAUCGGCUGAUCGGAACGCGUUUGUAGUAAAACGAAUAGACAUUGACAGGGAGUCGUUAAAAUUCCAAAUGCCACUGUCCGUGUUUGUGCAUAACAGCACAACGCUUUAACGCUUAGAGAAAAAUUCUGAUAAGAAAACGUUUCUUGCCGGUUUCGUUACACAAAGAAAAGCUGUAGAAAUAUAUGAUAUUUAGCAUAAGUUAAGUAAGCUAGGAAGAUGGAUGCUUUACCGCAAAGCUUAUCUCUGUUCAUUACUCACGUGGACAAAGAAGGUCCCUUUCUAAAAGUGUGGGGGCAAACCGAAAAAAACAAUUCAAUUUAUGUGGAACAAUUUCUGCUGAGUGCCUCCCAACAAUUCGACCAGGGCAUCGGCGUUCUGCCAUUCGAAGCUUUACAAGUCAACACUCUGGUAUGCGCCAAAUAUAAAGACAACAAGUAUUACAGGUCGAGGAUAUUGAACAUUCUACAUCCAUUCUUCGUUGAGGUGUAUUUCAUAGAUUAUGGAAAUAAGGAUAUAGUACCAAGUGACAACAUACGAAGUUUACAAACUUUUCCGACAUCAUUCAUUUCCAUUCCACCUCUUUCAACAGGUUUUAUUAUUGCAGAAGCUCAUUGUCCAGGGGGUGGAGAAUGGAAAGAGCAAAUAUUCGAGGUUAUAUCGAAAGAGCUGAACUAUAGAGAAGUGCGAUGUAAUUUACUUACUAAGGCCACGAAUCACUAUCUUGUCAACUUGUACAUUGAUAGUACUGAUCUUAGUUCACUAUUUAUAAAUAGGGGCUUGUUGCAACCUAUUCCCCUUCAUGCCCAACAAGCUGUUUUGCUCAGUAUGAGUUUGCUACAGAAAGUCCCACCGCCAUCCGUGGCUCCAAUUGCAUCUUCAACGGAAAUCAACACUUACAAAGCGUGUACUUUGGAACCUAUGCAGCAGUAUGCUGUAUAUGUUUCAUUUGUUAACGAGGGCCCAACUCACUUCUCAGUUCAGUUGCAACAGUCUGAAACCGUAUUGGCUAAAUUAAUGAAAGAAAUUAACGAAAUUGGUUUACGAUUGAUGGAAGAAGUACCUCUGCCAGGGACUAUCUGCUUAGCGAAAUGCCAAGAAGAUGAUAAUGUCUGCAGAGCUGUAGUUACCAAUGAAGUCGAUAACCAAUUUAAGGUGUUUUAUGUUGAUUUUGGAAACUACGAGAUACUGCCCCUUGAAGGUUUAUUUCAAAUACCGUUCAAAUAUGUACUACCUAAAGUAAUGGCUAUUAGAGUGGCGCUAAAUGGUGUUGAGAAAUCCACAGUUACCAUCGACAUGCGACUGGCGUUCAAACGAUUUGUCGACAAUCGGCUUCUUUAUAUGAAAGUUCUUCCAUCCUCAACUAAAACUGUGAUUCCCAAAUGUGAAUUGUGGGAUCCCGAGACGAAGACCAGUGCAUUAGAUGUAAUUAAUAGAGCUGCUCUACAUGCCUACCCAGAGCCACUUAUCUUAAACAGGGGAUUCACGCAGCCUGUGAAAGUCAGUUAUGUAUUUAGCUGUAACCGAUUCUUUGUUCAAUUAUUGAGUAAAGAGUCAGAAUUGGCAAAGUUAAUGAACGACUUGCAAACUGCCUGCCAAUCUAGUGACAUUAUUUCCGAUAUAAGAAUUGGCCUACCAUGUUGUGCUUUAUUUGAAUCGGAUCAGCUAUGGUAUCGAAGUGAAAUAGUCGAUGUAAUGGAUAGCGAAAAUGUUAAGGUCAAAUAUAUAGAUUAUGGAAAUGAAGAAUUCAUAGCAAUUACCCAUUUGCGAAUGAUUGAAGGGGAGCUGUUAACUGUUUUGCGACCUCAGGCCAUUGAAUGUUGUCUUAAUGGUUAUCAAAACAUGGGUGUUGAAGAAGAAAGAGAUGCCCUCUUUGAACAUCUGAUAUUGGAGAAAAUAUUCUCAAUGAAGGCUACUGAAAUGUAUGGCAAGAAGGCACUUGUUGAGCUUAUUGACGAAAAUAACUACAAUGUAGCGUCCUUGUUGCUGGAUAAAAUCGCAGCGUCAAAGAGUCAAGUAAGCCCAAUGUUGGUACACGCCGACAAUACGAUACAACAUAGGAAAACCAGCGAUUCAAGCGAAAGUUAUAAAAACCAGGUGAAACCGGCAGCUAGAGAAUGGAAUAGAAACGAUGCAACAGAACCUCGAAACGACAAAUCUCAAAAACCAUGGCGAACGAAUAACAAAGAUACACACGAUAACGAAACGAGCUCGAACGACCGAUCACCGGAGAGUGGAUCGUGGAGGCAAAACAAUAAACAUUUCGAUCAAAAUGAUAGACGAAAAUUACGCGAUCGAGGAGAUGGUGAUUGGGGCGAUAAAGGAUACAGAGAACGGGGUGAUCGACGAGACCAAGACUGGAAUGAUAAAAGUGAACGUGGAGAUCGUGCUGACCGAGGGGACCGAAAUCGAGGACCCAGAGAUAGAGAACAUUCCGAUCGAUCCCGAGGAGACAGAGAACAAAACGAUAGAGUACAGAAGGAUCGAUACAGUGCCAAUGACAGAAUCAAUCGUUUUCGAAAUGAUAAUAAAUCUAACAAUUGGAAUAAUACAGAUGAUGUGUUUGAAAACACGCCUACAUGGAAUAGUAAUGGAAAUGAAGCUAAAUCAUCCGUUGAUAAAAAUGAUAGUUGGGCAGAUAGUACACCAUCUUCAAAUCAGAAUAGUUAUGAAACUUAUCAACCUAAAGAUGAUAAAUAUGCUGGCCGGAAAAGGUUUGAAGACAGAGACAGUAGCCGUCAAGAUGGAAAAAGUUGGAACAAGAAAGACAACUUGAGGGCAGACAUAUCUAAAAAAGGCUUUAUAAAGGAUGGAAGUGAUCUGAGUCUUAGUGGAUCCGAUAAAGGUUCUAGGAAAGGUGGUAGAGCCAUUUCAAAAUCUGAAUACAAUGAUACUGGUGCAGGUAGAAGGUUUCAAAAUAGGCAAGUGAAUCAAAAUGUUAAAUUGUUUUUAUUCAAUUGUUCAUAAGAUAAACAUAUAGACAUGAAUGUUGACGGUCAAAUCAGUUACAUCGAAAACAAUGAAAUGUGCACACUGAGCAAAAAACAAUCCCCUAUGAUUACUUUAGUAAAAGGUUUGAGGUAAUUGUCGAGUUCCGUCUUUUUAAAAUACGUAGAAUUCCAUUAUCGCAUGAUAAUCACAUAGAAUGAGGGGUUCAG